UACGAUACUCUUCAAUAACGCAAAAGGAGCCAAGAACCAAUUCAAGAUGGCAGCCCCCAUAUCAAGAUUAAACUGUCAAAAAUGUUUUUCUUUGCAAAAUCAAACUUUUCUGAGGUGUUUGAUUAAUUCGGGAUCAGGAAAGAAUUUUAGUCAGAAUCCUUCCAAAUCAGCAGUACCACUACCACAGGAGAGAGAAAAUGAUUGGGUUGGUCCUCCAGAUAAAAUUUCUAAUAUACGUCCAGUAGAAUUUUAUAUUCCUGAAGGGGAGACAAGCACUGAGAAGAAGUACAGGGAGAAAAGACAGGCUGUACAGGAAUGGCAUCAUGAGUUCUGGACUGAACAUAAUAAAGGAUUCUUUACAGAAAAGGAGGAAUUUAUUCAGCGAAGAUUAGCAGAGAAGGUACAAACAGAAAAUGAUGAAAGCAUUAAAUCACUCACUCCAGAAGAGCUGUCAGAAUUUUACAAAAGAUUUCUUGAUGAUAAUUUCAAGUCACACAUCAAAUAUAACAAAGAAUGGUACAAGAAGAAUAUCUCAUUACUGUGGCCUGCUCUACAUGUCUAUGUUAUCAGAAUGAUGAAAUUGAGGAAAAAAGGAAAAUCAAGAUGAUACCUAAUAAAACGGACAUAAUUGAUUAUAGUUUUAUGUGUACAUGAAAAUAAUUUGUUGUGUAUAAUGUGUAACCUUUCUCUGAAAUAUCAAAUUAAGAGAUGUUUUGAUUAUGUUUGAUAAUGUAACAGAAUAUAUUUGAUUACUUGUUACAAUUCUGUGUUCGAAUAAAGCAGAAAAAAGUA